GUAUCUUUUCCCAGAACCUCCCAAGAUCCCAGCGGACAGCAAACAGCCAAUGCCUCGAGCAUCCAACUCUUGUUUUCAUAAAAGGGUCGCCUUUGUUGUUGUCAUCAAUCCUUUCUUUGCUGAACAUUUGCUACCAUGACGGAAGAAACUAGUUUCCUCUUCACCUCCGAGUCUGUCAAUGAGGGACAUCCUGACAAAUUCUGCGAUCAAGUCAGUGAUGCCGUCUUGGAUGCCUGCGUGGCCGGAGAUGAAAAUUCUCGUGUGGCCUGUGAAACCUGCUGCAAAACGGGCAUGGUCAUGAUUUUUGGUGAAAUCACUACUUCGGCUACGGUCAAUUACGAACAAGUCAUUCGCGAUGCCAUUAAGGAUAUCGGAUACGACGAUCCCGCCAAGGGAUUCGACUACAAAACAUGCAAUGUCAUUGUCGCCAUUGAAGAACAAUCCCCCGAUAUUGCUCAAUCCGUCGAUGCCGCCAAACCCGAAGACAUUGGAGCCGGUGAUCAGGGAAUCAUGUUUGGAUACGCCACGGACGAAACCGAAUCCCUCAUGCCCUUGACGCACAUGUUGGCCACCCAGUUGGGAUCCAAAUUAACGGAAGUUCGUAAGAAUGGAACCUGCGAUUGGGUCCGUCCCGAUGGAAAGACCCAGGUCACCUGCGAGUAUUUGCUCGUCAAUGGCGUCCCGGUCCCCCAACGCGUUCAUACCGUGGUCAUUUCCACACAGCAUUCGGAGGAUGUCACCAACGAACAAAUUGCGUCCGAUCUCAUGGAACAUGUCAUUAAACCCGUCAUUCCGGAAAAAUACCUCGAUGACAAGACCAUUUAUCACUUGAAUCCGUCCGGUCGAUUCGUCAUUGGUGGUCCUCACGGAGAUGCCGGUUUGACCGGACGCAAGAUUAUCAUUGACACGUACGGUGGAUGGGGGGCGCACGGUGGUGGCGCCUUUUCCGGCAAGGAUACGACCAAGGUCGAUCGGUCCGCCGCUUACGCCGCCCGAUGGGUCGCGAAAUCCCUAGUCGGCAACCAAUUGUGCAAACGGGCACUGGUACAGCUCUCCUAUGCGAUUGGGGUCCCUCAUCCCUUGUCCGUCUUUGUCGACUCGUACGGCACCGUCAAGGAAGGAAUGAAGGAUUCCGAUCUCUGCGAAAUUGUCAAGAAGAAUUUUGAUUUGCGUCCGGGAUGCAUGCAACGCGAUUUGAACUUGAAGAAACCAUUCAUGCGCAAGACCGCAGCCUAUGGACAUUUUGGACGGGAUGAUCCCGACUUUGCCUGGGAAAAGGUCAAGGAAUUGAAGCUCUAAACUGACAAAAACAAGCAAGCAAGCAACGAACGACAAACGAAAGGAACACGACAACGAUAAACAAAUAAAUGAGACUUUGACAACACGAGAGGCAUGGAGAAAACGAGGAUUUCCGAUUGUCACGCGUUGUCGCAAUCUGUACCGUGACCUGGAUAUUAGAAAGUAUGCCAAAAAACUAAAAUCGUAUUUAUGUUAAAAAACAAGUCAUCAGUGGAAUUCGUGUGAGACUUGUGAGAUAGAACCACCUCUCAGACGCCACCAACGCUGCCUCACUUUAUGUUAGGGAUUGAUUGGAUGGGAGUAUUUUUGUGUACGGGAGGUGCUGGACAAGGCGGUGGUUCCGCACCGGUACGUCGCGCCUUUCGAUGGUUUGCUUCCUCCUGCUGUUCGCCCGAUGUAUUCGCGGUGAUGUAGGUAGAUUCUGGUGAGCAAACGAAGCCACGCUAACCAGUGCUACGAGGCAAACAAUAAUCAGUUGACAGCAACUUCUUUGCAGUUUGUUUGCUGUGUGGAACCACUAUGGUUCACGUUGUAGACGAAGGCUUUGAUCUGCUUAGCUCAAAACCGUAACCCCCAGCCCCACCCGCAAAAGCUACAGCGUACCGGUACUGUACAAGCUACCGUAUGAUCCGCUAUGCAUACGUCUGGGACACUCGCCAACAUUCCAGGCUUGA